UUUAUUUAUUGGACGAAAGAAUAUCUCUUUAAUAAUAACACAAAUUGAUUAGAUUUUAAGACGAUUACACGAACUUCACACAGAAUUUGUGAUUAGUGAAAUAAAAUGUUUCAAGUAAUUCAAAAUCUGCCAACGAGAAUAGCUAGUGGAAAGUUCAAAGUUCUAACAUCAUCUGUUCCAGUGGCUAAUCAAUUCAACAGCACUGCAACGUGUAGUAUCAGCAUUAAUAAUUGUGCUAAGCGUUUGUCCAGUCAGAGUUCAACAUCGGGAAAUAUGAAACGUUUUCAAGGGAAAGUCGCUAUUGUUACAGCUUCAACGGACGGCAUUGGAUUUGCUAUCGCAAAGCGAUUGGCCGAAGAUGGAGCUAAUGUAGUUAUCAGCAGCCGCAAGGAGAAAAAUGUAGCCAACGCAGUAGAAAAAUUACGUAAACUUAAUCUAAACGUUAUGGGAUUGAAGUGUCACGUGGCUGAGGCAAGUGAUCGUAAACAACUAUUUGAAGAAACUAUGCGCAAAUAUGGUAAACUCAAUAUUUUGGUAUCGAACGCAGCAGCAAAUCCAGCUGUAGGUCCUGUAUUGGAUUGUGAAGAAAAUGUUUGGGAUAAAAUAUUCGAUAUAAACGUUAAGUCAUCAUAUCUUCUGGCAAAAGAGGCGCUGCCAUAUUUGCGAAAGGAAAAGGGUUCAAGUAUUGUAUUUGUCUCAUCCAUAGCUGGCUAUGAUGCUUUCGAGCUUCUUGGUGCAUAUUCUGUGAGUAAAACUGCUCUAAUUGGUCUUACAAAAGCAGCAUCAAAGGAUUUAGCUCCAGAAGGAAUACGAGUAAAUUGUUUGGCACCUGGUAUUAUCAAAACUAAGUUUUCACAGGCGCUGCAUGAAGAGGAGUCGGCAAAUGAAGCAGCGCUUGCAAGAAUACCAAUGCGUCGUUUGGGUAUGCCAGAUGAAAUGGCAGGAAUUGUUGCUUUUUUGGUGUCUGAUGAUGCUAGUUACAUUACAGGCGAAUCUAUUGUAGCAUCCGGAGGUAUGACAGCACGACUUUAAUUUUGUUGCUAAAAUUAUUAAAGUGAUAUUAAAUAUAUAACUAAAAAAAUUUGUGUAUAA